GGCCAUUUUCAUUGAUAAUUUUCCAUUAAGAUUUAUUGCUGACGAAGAGUUUGUUUAUGUCUGUAAAUAUUUACUUUAGGAUUACAAAAUUCUAUAUUUAAGCAGUUCCACACAAUUUUCAAAUCACAGUAAAGCAAUAAGAUCCAGGAUUAAAAACAUCCAGUAGAAGCAGCAUCACGAACAUUCUGAUUUGUUGACUCUAAUUCAAUCUACAAGGAGUCACAAAUUAAUUGCUUGUAGAAGUGAAAGUGAUACGCGUUGAGAGUGAUACAAGUCUGAGAAUAUCAAUUAAAAUGGACCAAGACAAUGAAGAAUAUGGAAGUGCUUUAAAGGAUGACAAAUCACCGUAUAGGAAUACAUUGCACAAACGAACUCGCGGAUGGAACAAAGCCUUAUUUAUAACGGGUUUAGCAACGACAUUAGGUUCAGCGAAUGUCGGUGGAUACAAUAUUGGAGUUAUUAAUGCUCCAUCAUCCUACAUGAAGGAAUGGGCGAGUGACACAUUAUAUACAAAAUAUGGAAUUCAGCUAUCGUCAGGUGGGGUGGAUUUACUUUGGGCUUUUAUCGUAUCCAUAUUUCUUGUGGGGGGUGCUUGUGGAAGUCUUGGUGGUUCUGUUGUAGCUAAUCGCAUUGGCAGAAAACGAUCGUACCUAACAUGUGCAACACUAUUCGUCAUCGGCUCAGUCUGUUUUCACAUCUGUCGAUUGCUUUCAUCUGUUGAGCUCUUAAUUCUUGGACGAAUGUUAGUUGGACUUGGAGCUGGUAUGACAAUGACAUGCCUGCCUAUGUAUCUUUCAGAAAUUGCACCAUUUCAUUUGAGAGGAACUUUGGGGGUGUUUUGUUCUAUGGGCUUUACAGGCGGUGUUGUUGUUGGACAAGUUGUCAGUUUACAGGAACUAUUAGGAACUCCAGAUCUUUGGCAUUAUUGUAUGAGCUUCCAAAUAAUUUUCGUCAUUUUAUGCACUUUAGCAUAUCCAAUAUUUCCUGAAAGUCCUAAAUAUUUGUGCCUUAUUGGAGAUAGAAGCGGUGCCUUGCGAGAAUUAAAGAAAUUAUGUGACAAUACAGAAAUGGCUGAAGAUGAAUUAAAUUCAAUGGAAAUGUUGACUGACAAUACUGAAGAAGACGAUGGAAGUAACCAAAAAGGUGUUCUUGAUGUACUUAAAGAUCCAAAAUUAUUACUGCCACUUGUUUUAGUCUGCGCAUUACAAGGUGGUCAACAGUUAUCUGGAAUUAAUGCCGUAUUUUACUACUCAGUCUCAAUUUUUGAGUCUAUUGGAUUCUCGAAAUCGAAUGCAGAAUGGGCCAAUUUAGGAGCUGGAUGUCUCAAUUUGUUUGUCAGCUUCUUUAGUCCUGUUUUGAUGGCUAGAGUUAAUCGUCGUCCAUUAAUUAUGUUGUCAUGUUUCGGAUGUGGUGUAUUUUUGUUCCUGCUUAGCAUCUUUUAUGGAUAUAGUGAAUCCUUUUCAUCAUUCCCAGUGAUGUGUGUUGUUGCUCUUCUCGGCUACAUCCUGCUUUAUCAAAUUGGUUUAGGUCCCGUUCCUUACUUCAUUGGAGUAGAGUUGUUUGAAACUGCUGAAAGAUCGUCAGCAAUGGCUUUAGGAAGUUUAUCAUCGUGGAUAUGCAAUUUUGUAAUUGGAAUGACUUUUACAUCUUUACGAAUAUGGAUGGGUGCUGCUGUUUUUGUCAUUUUUGGAGUCGUUUGCUUCUUAUUGACACUUUUGCUCAAAGUUUAUAUGCCAGAGACACGCGGAAAGGAUACAUCUGAUAUUGUACAGCUUGUGUCGAAAGGUUUUCGAUCAAGACCAGUUGAACGAAAAGAUAAAAUGCUGAAUAGAAUCAACAAUGAACUUAGUUCAUAAAUAAUGCAAUACGAUUUUGACUUUUAAAGUUCUUUUUUACGUUAAUUAAUAUUUUUAUAAUUCGAAACUGUCAACAAAAUACCUUGUCUUUUUGACUAUAUAUCAAUGCCUGAAAUUUUGAAUGUAGAUUGUUUAAGCUUAUAAUGUUAAGAAUUGGGAAUUGAUCUUGCGUGUAUAACGCGCACAUAAAAUUUAAAGAUAAUGCGCGUAUUAACUUGGGUUGCGAGAUUUGUAUAAUGUGCGCACUAUAGGAACGAAAUAAAUUUUACAAUAAAUUACUUUAGUUUUACGUGCAUAGUGCGCCAAUAUAUUUGUGUACCCAAAAAUUAUUCAGAAGCACAAAAAAUAUUCAAUCAACCCAAGUUCAAUUCUCAAUGCAGCUAAAAAUACAAAAUUAAAUUUUUAAAAAGAAUAAAAUGUUCUUUAUUUUUGGAAUCUUCA